GCCAUUUUGUCUCCAGUGUCUCUUUUGCAGUCGACUACGUAGGAGGAGGUGACUUGGUUCUUAAACGUGAGGCAGGAACAGGGUCUAUUGUCUGUGUUUGACUCCGUAGUUUGGUUUGAGGCCUUCCGGAGCAUUCCCGGGGAAGUCGGCAGAAACUGUCGCGACCGUCCCCGCCCCUCCCUUCUGACCCCGGGACCGGGAGGGACCGAGCCCGCGUCACGCCCCUCUGCGCUCGCCGUUCCCUUCUCUGUCGUUGCGUCCGCGUCGCUCCCCGGGAAUCAAACGGUGCCCCAUAGAUGGCCAGCUUUCCCCCGAGGGUCAACGAGAAAGAGAUCGUGAGAUCACGUACUAUAGGUGAACUUUUAGCUCCAGCAUCUCCUUUUGACAAGAAAUGUGGUCAUGAAAAUUGGACUGUUGCUUUUGCUCCAGAUGGUUCAUACUUUGCUUGGUCUCAAGGACAUCGUACAGUAAAGCUUGUUCCGUGGUCCCAGUGCCUAAAGAACUUUCUUCUGCAUGGCACCAAGAAUAUCACCAAUUCAAGCAGUUUGAGAUUGUCAAGACAAAAUAGUGAUGGUGGUCAAAAAAAUAAGCCUCGUGAACAUAUCAUAGACUGUGGUGAUACAGUCUGGAGUCUUGCUUUUGGAUCUUCAGUUCCAGAAAAACAGAGUUGCUGUGUAAAUAUAGAAUGGCAUCGAUUCAGAUUUGGACAAGAUCAGCGACUCCUUGCCACAGGGUUAAACAAUGGGCGUAUCAAAAUAUGGGAUGUAUAUACAGGAAAACUCCUCCUUAACUUGGUAGAUCAUACUGAAGUGGUUAGAGAUUUAACUUUUGCUCCAGAUGGGAGCUUGAUCCUAGUGUCAGCCUCAAGAGACAAAACUCUGAGAGUGUGGGACCUGAAAGAUGAUGGAAACGUGAUGAAAAUAUUGAGGGGCCACCAGAACUGGGUGUAUAGCUGCGUAUUCUCUCCUGACUCUUCUAUGCUGUGUUCAGUGGGAGCCAGUAAAGCAGUCUUCCUGUGGAAUAUGGAGAAAUACACCAUGAUACGGAAACUUGAAGGACACCACCAUGAUGUGGUAGCUUGCGACUUUUCUCCUGACGGAGCAUUGCUGGCUACUGCAUCUUAUGAUACUCGAGUGUAUAUCUGGAAUCCACACACUGGAGACAUUCUGAUGGAAUUGGGAAUGGUGAGGUUCUGGAGAAUUGGUGAAGAUCAUCCAGUGCAAGUUGCACCUUUGAGCAAUGGUCUUUGCUGUGCCAUUUCUACUAAUGGCAGUGUUUUAGCUGCAGGGACACAUGAUGGAAGCGUGUAUUUUGGGGCAACUCCAAGGCAAGUCCCCAGCCUUCAACAUUUAUGUCGCAUGUCAAUCCGGAGAGUGAUGUCCACUCAAGAAGUCCAGGGGCUGCCAAUUCCUUCCAAAGUUUUGGAGUUUCUCUCCUAUCAUAUUUAGAAGACUAGUCUUCUUCCCCAGUAGUAGGGACUGACAGGACAUACUUUUCACAAACCUCAAGCUUUACUGACUUCAAAUAACUUUUUCAAGGUUUAGAAGAUGUAUUUAAUUGGAUACUUUCUUGUACUGCAUUUUGAUCAGUUCAGCUUUUAAAAUAUUAUUUAUAGACUAUAGGAGAUAUCCUGAACAUAUCAAUUGUAAAUUUUUUUCUAAAAUGUAACUGUGAAGACAUAUACAUACAUGUAUAUAUUUAGGUAUAAGCUGCUAUGUGUUGAAUGGACCCUUCUUUUGCUUUUCUAACUUUUAGUUCCAACAUGGAUAUAUUGCUUCAAUAGAGCCACAUAUGUAUCUUUGCUGUAAAAUGCAAGAAAGUGUCCAAAUGGAAGAAAUUUUUUAAUUUCAUGGACACUGAGUGAGACAGUAAAUACUGACGUAAGAACGCUGAAUUGCCUCAUAUAAAAUGCGUAUUUGGUUGGAGGGGGUUCAUUAGACAACUGACCUGCAAGAAAACACAGUUUUUGUGUAGGGAAAAGAUCGUUUUCUAUAGGAAUGGCAUCUGAGGGGUAGAGUUUGAGUGUAACAUUAUUAAAUAGAAAAGAGAGCCAGGAUAAUAUACCUAGAAAAGGAGUUUCUCCCCCCAGCCCACAACUACUGCUAUGGACCUUAACUUUGAAUAGAGCUUGCUACUUUAAUCUCAGUGGUAUAAGGUAUUACAAAUUUAGUCAAUUGGAAAAAUCCAUCUACCGUAUUAUUACUGAAUAUUUUGUUUGUGCUAAGGACAGUUAUUUUAAGGCCAUGCUUUUUGCUUGUUACUUUUGUUUUUUUUACACAUAAGAGAUGUUUCUGAAGUGGAUAAUAUUGGUGACUUGCCAAAGAGAAGCAAUACAGUAUAUCUGUUUUUGCCUUCUGUUAAUCUUACCUGCAGAUACUAAGAAUGUGUGUUAUGUAAAUUGCUUAAUUAUAUUUUUGUUGAGAUUUUUAAUUAAAGAGUUGUAAAAAAACAAACCCACUCUUGCAGAUGUUUCUUAAAUAUGUUGGAAGGUUUAAUGCUUUCUGUAAGCAAAUUAAGUAAGGGUAAUAAAUAGCACAAGUAUAGCACACUACUUCAGAGUUAAUGCUUUAUGAGUUCAACAACUUUACAGUGGUUCUGGGAGAACUGUUACUGCUUACCUUAAAAGUAUAGAAAAGCUCUAGAAAAAAAGGAAAAUAAUGAGAAGAAAAAGAUUUAGGGGCUUUUACCUGCUUAUGAUAAACCUAUCUGGGUACAGUAGCCGUAAGAAAAAUCUAGUGGUGUGGGCCCUUUGGAGAGGCAAAAUAAGCAAAACUUUAUUAGUCGUGUGUGCUCUUGAAGACUUAACUUGUUUCCACUAAGGAGUUAUUUGGCAGUUCUCAUAAUUGGCUCUGUUCAAGAGUUUAGGUCAUAAAUUUGAAAGCCAGUGGAAAAUCUGCCUAAGUUGCUUCUAGGGAGUCACUUGUAUUUUACAAAAAGAAGCAUAGAAGCAUCUUGUCUUCAAACCUGAUGUGAUUUCUUUUUUGCAUUUUACUUUAUAUCUGCUUUAUAAUUUUUAAGUGAUAAUAAAAUACCAUUACUCUACACACCAUUAAAUUAUUUACUCUUCAACAUAUCUGAUCAAGUUAAAAAAGCAUUUUUGGAAGAUAACAUUCUCUGAGGCCAGAUUUGCUUGCUACCUUUCCCAUGAAAACUAGUAUGAAGAUGAAAGAAAGAUCACAGAAUUUGUAAAGUAGAAACACACUUAAAAAUUUCCAUUUGUUGAGAAGAAAAUGGUAGCAAUAACAUUUUUGACUGACCAAAGGAAGGAAGGGAAUGUGUGGUUGGCGACUGACAGUCAGAUUCUAGCUCAGUGAUUUUUAAAAGACUGGCUGCUCGCUCUCCUAUUCUUUGCCACAAGCGUAUCAUUUGGGGAACCAGCAAGAUACUAUUUAUGUUCUAAUUUGAUUUCCUAUUUUAGUUUCCCAUGUGAACAUAGAAAAUGCCGCUCACACUCAGCAGCUAAGCUCUUUCCACAAUUUCAAAUGACUUAAAGUGAUUGAAAAUGACUUUAAGACCUGUAACUAGAUCUUAGGUUGGCAAAAAAAUUUUGAUCCUUGAAAUCCCCUACCUGCUUAUGAGUGAGGUGAAGUUGGAUUCAACUGGUUUGCAUUGUCCUCAGGGCAGCAAGACCAAGAAGGCUGGACUACACCUUAGCCUGCCUAUGGGCUGAGCCAGUGGCUUGAAGGUGUAGAGGACUCGGCAGUCAUCAUCCGGCACAGGGAUAAGAAAAAGUAUGUGAGGUAAAACACUGUCUCAAAAGCCAGAAGCCAUAGACUGAAUCCAACCUUCAGGUUAAUCCAAGUGAAGGUUUGUGGGUGACAAACAUUUUAUCCCAGUAAUUCUGACCAGGUUCUGGCCUAAGAAUACAUUUUAACUAUAGGAUUAUAGAUUAUAAAACAAAAAUAGUAUCUAUAGUAAGAGUUAAGGUUCACUACUGUAUGUCAGUUUCAAAAUCAGUUAGUGCAGCCAUUCAGAAUGUAUUGGUUUUUUUUUUUCUUAAAUCUUUGUCCUCAGAGGUAAAAGUUGUUGGUAGUAAACUACAACCUGGAGAAAGAGUCAUCAUAACCUUGACUUAUAUAUAUGGUAAGAUGUUUAGGAGGAAUGAAGAUGAGUAGGCAAUCUCAACCUGCCCAUUGCUCUGUAAAGCUUGUUUUUAACCAAAAGUAAAAUACCUGGUCUUAAUUGGGUAUAAAGUGAUCUAUUUCUAUUGUCGAUUGCUGAGCAGUUUUGUGUAGUGGUGAUUUGGCAUUUACAUAUGCCUGUUAUUUUAACAGUUUAGGAUUUGGGAAAAAAUGAUUGAGGCUGGUGUUAGGGAAGGAAGAACAAUUAAUUCAAUUUUGAUUAAGUCCAGCAUUAUUUUCCCUAUUUGAGACUACAACUAUGACUAUCCUUGCUUCUCCUUUACAGAUGGUGAGAGAGUUCUAGGAAUUUUCUCUGUCUAAUACCAGAGAGAAAUUGCUCUUUUGGUCUGAGAGUAAAGCCUAGACUUUGUCUAGGAAAACUUAAAAUACA